AUGCUCUGCGAUAUUCUACUGCGUGCUCUUCCACGGGACAUAGUCGUUCAGUAUCAUCGGUCGUGUGCCGUCCAGGUGGCAUGUGACUCGAAAAGUGAUGCUACUCCCGUGGGGCUGGAUGGUCUGCUCAACUUCCUGGGCAUUGAGCUGGAAAGCUUAGAGAAGAGCGAUUUCAAUGACGCUGGAAGACGAGAAUUCGGAACAACACCCGCGGCAAGUCAGUUGACGUUUUCUCGCCGUGGGAAACCUACUUCAUCUGUGCUUCACAGCAACGCGGCAAGGGAACCAAAAAAGGACAACUGCGUCUUCUGGUCGUCCAGUCAACACAAAUCUGAACUGUGCACAGCUGAGUUACCACUGACGCAGACAAAAGAACUACUGUCCAAUGACAAGAGGUGUUUCCGCUGCACCACCAAAGGACAUCGGGCGCGGGACUGCAAAAGGAAGAUCUCCUGCUCGAGAUGCCAAGCGCGACACGAGACAAGCAUGUGUGAUCCCGACAGGUGUUCGCGGAAGACAGACUAUGUCAACAAGAACGACGGAAAAACUACGACAGUCUGCGCAUCACUUGGAAAACGACCACCAAAUGAAGGUUCCAUCGCUUGCGUCUUUCUCCAGACUUUCCGAGCAUGGGCCAUAAAUGAUGACACGUGUCGCUACAUACGAGGAGUUUUUGAUGGCGGCAGUCAGAGGACCUUCAUAACUGAGGCCUUGUCCAAGCACCUUCAGCUGAAAAGUGUGGGAACUACUCGGAUAGCACUCAACACUUUCGCGAGUGCAUCAGACCAAGAGGCUAAGAGGCGUCGGAUCGUCGAACUGCGACUGCGGAGUCAGUUUUCCGACCAGGAGAUAGUUCUAGCAGCAAUAGAGAUCCCACACAUCUGCCAGGACAUCGAAGAGACAACAAUGGACGCAGCCUUCGUCGCUUCUUUCAAGAAGCUUGGAAAGGAUGUCGCCGAUGAGCUGAUACACCCAUCUGUCAUAACGAACAAUGGUAUCAGCGUACUGAUCGGUUCCGAUCAGAUGUGGAAAAUAUUGACCGCCGAAGUUUCAAGAUGCGAAGGCAAUGAAGCCUUGAUUGCACUGAACUCCAAGUUUGGAUGGACCUUCCAGGGAGCACAUCGCACUUGA